GAUAUCUCACACCUAACACUAUACAACGCAGCUUCUUCAAUCACCUACCAGUCGCUUUGCAAUUGCAAACCCAUCUCCCCAAAGUUAUUUCCUAAUCCUACAAAUACAAAUGCAAUUACUGUGUGUUCUUUUUCUUUUCUUUCUAACUAAGUCUUCUUUUUCUUCUAUAAAAAAGGAAAUCUCUUAGCCUAGCCUUAGAUCGUAGUGAGUCAAGAUAGAUUGUGAAAAAUGUCAAGAAGGGAGAUUUGGGUGGUUCCAUUUUUUGGGCAAGGCCAUUUGUUCCCAUGCAUGGAGCUAUGCAAACACAUAGCUUCUAGAGACUUCCAAUCCACUUUCAUCAUCUCCUCCAAUCUCUCCACCUCCAUCCCCUCCUCUUUCCGCCAACACCCUCACAUCCAAGUCUUCGAAAUCCCAUCCUCUAUUUCACCACCACCACAGCCUGCCUUUGCCUCUGACCCCAUGCACCAACACCGUAAACACCAUGAACAAAUGGCCCUCGCGCUUCAAAACCUCCUCUCCACCCGACCCGGACCCAAGCCCGUUUGUGCCAUCCUCGACAUCAUGAUGGGCUGGUCCACUGAAGUCUUCGCUACAUUCCACAUCCCAACUGUUGCUUUCUUCACCUCUGGUGCUUGCUCUGCAGCCAUCGAGUGCGCCACGUGGAAGUCCCACAUAGAAGUAGAUUCAAUAAAACCCGGAGAGACCCGUUUACUCCCCGGGUUACCCGAAGACAUGGCUCUUUCCUAUUCCGAUCUUAAGCAACGCCCUCAUGGACUACCAGGUGGCCCACCACCACUCAGUGGUGGAGCACCACCACCACAACAACCAUUCAUCGGUGGCCCAAAGAAAAUGGGUCCACCAAAACUAGGAAACCAGCCAAUAUGGGUGGAGGAGGUAGAGGGUGUCAUCGCUUUGUUAAUCAACACGUGUGACGAUCUGGAAAGUCCAUUCAUUCGCUACCUCUCUGAUCAGAUUGGGAAACCAGUCUGGGGCGUGGGCCCACUCUUGCCCGAACAGUAUUGGAAGUCAGCAGCAGCGGGCUCACUUCUUCACGACCGUGAACUUCGUACCAACAACAGGAAGUCGAAUGUUACCGAAGACGAUGUGAUCCAAUGGUUGGAUUCCAAGCCACGUGGGUCUGUUCUAUAUAUUUCUUUUGGUACCGAGGUGGGUCCCACCAUGGAGGAGUACCCACAUUUAGCUGAUGCAUUGUUGGAAUCAUCGUCAACAACGUUUAUAUGGGUCAUACAACCCGGUUCGGGAAGGUCCGGUCCACCACGUGCGUUCCUAGGGGGCCAACCCGGUUCAGAAGAAGAAGAGGAGGUCGGUUAUUUUCCUCAUGGUUUGGAUAGCAAAGUCGGCAAUAGGGGUUUGAUAAUACGUGGAUGGGCACCACAGUUGUUGAUACUGAGUCACCCAUCAACGGCUGGAUUUUUAUCGCAUUGUGGAUGGAAUUCAACUGUGGAAGCCAUUGGUCGAGGGGUCCCCAUUUUGGCAUGGCCCAUUAGAGGGGACCAAUACUAUGAUGCCAAAUUGGUAGUCUGCCAUCUCAAAGUUGGGUACAUGAUUUCUGAUGAUUUGUCACAAAUGGUUCAGAAAGAAGAUAUAGUGAAGGGAAUAGAGAAAUUAAUGGGUGAUGAAGAUAUGAAAAAUAGAGCACAAGCGCUCAGCACUAAAUUUCUACAGGGUUUUCCAACAAGUUCAGUCACUGCUUUAGAUGCUUUUAGAGAUUUUAUCAACCACAAAGCUGCUUAGGCCUUCUAAUUUUAUAUAUGUACACGCAAUCAUAUGUUGUGUUUUCCUUUCUUUUUUUUCCCAUCCAUUUUUAAUAACUCUAAUAGACAGUAUAGACAACCCCACAAAAAGAGAAACAAACUAAUAUGUAUGGCUUUUAUAAAAUACUUGAAUGUUAUAUUCAAUUUCCAGGAA